AGAGUGUAUCCAUUAAAGUUAAUGAUCUCCAUUGUCCUGUACCUAGUGGCUCCCUGUUCAGGUUAUUAGUGCAAGAUGGCAGACCAGAGGCAACGUUCGCUGUCGACCUCUGGAGAAUCGUUAUACCAUGUGCUAGGACUGGACAAGAAUGCCACUUCUGAUGAUAUUAAAAAGUCAUACAGGAAGCUUGCAUUGAAAUACCAUCCUGAUAAGAAUCCUGAUAAUCCAGAGGCCGCAGAAAAGUUUAAAGAGAUCAAUAACGCACAUGCAAUAUUGACUGAUGCCACGAAGAGAAACAUUUAUGAUAAGUAUGGAUCUCUGGGUCUGUAUGUAGCAGAGCAGUUUGGAGAAGAAAAUGUGAACACGUACUUCGUCCUGUCCAGCUGGUGGGCAAAGUGGGUUUACAACGAGGCCUCGGACACACCUAUUGUGGUACAGCCAGCGUCAGCCACAGAGACAACCCAGCUCACAGCCGACUCUCACCCCAGCUACCACACCGAUGGAUUUAAUUAAGUUAAGGAAAUACUGUAAUUAGAAUGGAUAAGUAAAUACAUGGCCAACUC